CUUCCCCCUUUUCCAUCAGCGGGUGUUACCAUGUGGUUGUCUCUUAGGCUUGUGGGGGGAGGGUGGAGCAGUUGGCUGGGGCUUCUACUGCUCGUCUCUCUGGGGCCUUGCUGGGGCUUCCAGCACGUGUACGACUGCGGUAACUAUGGGAUGCAGCUACUGGUCUUCCCAAGACUCGGACGGACCGUCCGUUUCAAGGUCGUGGAUGAAUUCGGGACCCGCUUUGAAGUCACAAACUGUUCUAUCUGCCUCCACUGGAUCACCUCUGACCCCCAAGGAACUGCAGUCUUCUCAGCCGGCUACAAGGGCUGCCACGUACUGAAAAAGGAGGAUGGACGCUACUACCUGAGAGUGUACGUGGAGGAGCUUCUAGCCAAUGGAGCUGCUGAUGGAGGCCAGGAAGUACAACUCAUCUGUCCUAAACCUACUGAUCAUCCCCAGACCACCAGCUAUUCUCUCACCCCUGAGCCGUCAACAGCCGGUCGCCGUCUCCAUCCUGGACGACGCGACCCUCUUCCUGGCCAUCCUAGCCCAGAGACUGGCCACUUUUACCCUGGCCAUCCCUCUUCUACGGUGUCUCGCCCCUACCCUGUUCCAGUCCGGCCCAGCCCAGAUGCCUCGGGGCCUCGGAUCAUCUAUCCUCCUUUUGACAUAGGUGCCCGUCUAACCCCAGAACAGUGUGUAGUGGACUCUGGGCACAUCCCCUGUACAGAUGGCCGGAGCUCGGCAGCCUGUGUCCAAGCUGGCUGUUGCUAUGACGACUCAGCUGUGACUACUCCAUGUUACUAUGGCAACACAGUUACCGUCCAGUGCUUCAGAGAUGGUCGCUUUGCCCUGGCGGUGGCCCGAGGCACCUCGGAAAACCCCGUCGUCCUGGAUAGUGUAAGAGUAGCCUAUGCCCAGGAGGGAUGUGGCCCCACCCAGAAGACUGAAGCCUUUGUGCUAUUCCACUUCAGCGUCACAGAGUGCGGAACGACCGCCCAGGUGGCCGGCAACAGACUCAUCUAUGAGAACCAGCUGGUCUCUGGCAUAGACGUGCGUUCUGGACCAGAUGGCUCCAUCACCCGGGAUGGGGUCUUCAUCCUCCAUGCCCGCUGCAUUUACAACGCCAGCGACUUCCUGCCCAUCCAAGCAGAAGUCUUCCUCUCUCCGACGCCGGGUCCGGUGGUCCAGACUGGGCCCCUGCGGCUGGAGCUGAGGAUCGCUAUGGACCGCACGUACGGGACUUUCUACACCGCCAAAGACUACCCCGUGAUCAAGGUGCUCAGGGACCCGGUCUCCGUGGAGGUGCGACUCCUCCAGAGAACGGACCCCAACCUGGAGCUGGUUCUUCACCACUGUUGGGCUACUCCCAGUACCAAUCCCUUCCGGGAACCCCAGUGGCCCAUCCUGUUGGAUGGAUGCCCGUAUUCCGGUGAUAGUUACCAGACCCGGCUGGUACCUGCGAAGGCCUCGUCGGAGCUUCUCUUCCCAACUCAUCGCCAACGGUUUGUUGUUACCGCUUUCACCUUCGUGGACUCGGAUUCCCAGAGGGCUCUCCGUGGGCCGGUCUACUUCUUCUGUAGCGCCUCUGUCUGCUACCCUUCCGAGCUGGAGUCCUGCAAGACUGUGUGUCACUCGGGAGCUGCAAAGCGUCGCAGAUUCCUGACCUCCAACAGCACCGGGAUAUUCCAAGACAUAGUGAGCUCACAGGCCCCAGUGGACUUCAGGAGCCCAAAGGAGCAGGAACAAACAUUGGCUAGCAAAGGAUCCCACUGGAGGCCGAGCCUCCUGCCUGCACUGUGGCUGGUUCUGUCUCUCGUGGCCAUCGUGGCCCUGAUGUUGGUCCUGGUCCUGUUGGGAAGGAGCCAGAACUGGCUGCAGAAACUUCAAGGCCGGUGUGGCCAAGGAGGUCGACAGCCUCAAUAAAGUGGGCCAGUGAUGCAGAACCUG